AUGCUUGAUGACUGCGAACAAUUUUUGAUACUUAAAGAGCACUUGGGCUCUAAGCCGCUGGCAGCUAUUGACGAUUUUGAUGUCACAGAGGACAAUUACCCCAAAGCACUCGAUCGAUUGAAGGAAUGCUUCGAUAAAAAGGCGUUGAUAAAUGUAUUAAAUGCAACGAAUGCACAUUUGAAUGCAAUGCUAUCAUUAGGUGAUUACAAAGAUAUAGCGAAUGCCAUAAUAAUUCAUUUGGUGAUGGAAAGAGUGGACGAAGAUUCGCAGGUCAAAUGGGAAGAAUCAGUGGAUUACAGGAAGCUGUCAACUUGGAAUGAAUGUUCAGCGGUUUUGACGAGGCGAUGUGAGAACCUUGAUGCAAGGGAACAUAAAGUUAAUCAAGUGAAUUCAAAGGCUGUAAACUAUCAAAAAGAGUAUAGAAAUAACCGCAACUACUCAACCUCUCUUGCAGUUACAAAACCUUUAUGUGAAGUCUGCAAUGGCAGUGGCCACGAUAUUGCAGAUUGUAGCAAGUUAAAAGAAUGCUUUAUUGUAGCACGGAGAAUAAAGCCAAAUGAACAAAGAUGCAAAAAUGGACCAUCUACGUCAACACAGGAGACAGCUCAGUCAUCAGUUAUGAACGUAAUGACUGAAAACGAGGUUUUUUUGGCAACAGCAGUAGUAAUGGUAGCGGACAAGUUUGGCAAACAUCACCAAAUGCGAGCCAUAUUAGAUUCUGGCUCUCAAGUAAAUUUGAUGUUCAGUCUGCAAUUUUAUGUUUUACCGAAAAUAACAAGCUCCAAACCUAAUCGUUAUGUCGAUGUUGCGGACUGGAAUUUACCAAAAAAUAUUCAAAUGACUGAUCCAAUGUUCAAUAAGCCAGCGCGUAUAGAUAUUUUAAUUGGUGCGGAAAUUUUCUUCGAUUUGUUGUCGAUUGGACGAAUUUAUCUUAAUGAAAGGUUGCCAACCCUACAGAAAUCCAUACUAGGGUGGAUAGUUACAGGCAAAGCAGAAGAAUGUUUAGCGCCUAGUCAUAAAAUAAAUAAUAUGCUGGUCAAUCACAACCAUAAUGAGAAUGAAAACUUGAGUCAAUUGGUUGAAAAAUUCUGGAAAAUAGAACAGAUUUCAACUAAAUCAAAUUUUUUAACCGAAGAAGAAGAGGAAUGCGAGAAAAUUUUCCGUGAAUCAAUUCGUAGAGAUACAUCUGGCCGAUUUACUACGAAAAUUCCAUUUAAAACAACAGUAAGUGAUUUGGGUGGUUCCUAUAAUGCUGCCAAACGACGAUUGGGCAUACUGCCACCUUUACCUUUGUCCAGCAAUAAAUUAACCGCUUCUAACAACAACAACGAACACAGCCAGAAGCAAGUCUUUCAGUCACAACACCAACAACAACGGCAACAAACACAACAACAGCGUCGGCAUGAAACAUCACCUAAACGUUUUAGUUCAUCACUUGGCAGUGACAACAGUACACGUGAAUCCGAAUAUAGCGAGGAACAUAGCAGCGGCUCACCAAUAUCACGCUCACCACCAAUCGUUAAACCAUUACCACAACCGACCAAUGAACUAUUUGAUUCAUUAGCUGCCGAGCUGCGUGCUAAAUUAAAUGGCAAUGGUCCUCCGUUGUUAUUGCCCCCACGUGAUUAUGAUACCGUACAUCGCUCUAAGGGGAAUCUAACAGCAAUUGAAUUGCGUCGUUGUCGGAAUGCAUUGAUUGUGGGCGGUCCGACAGUUAAUUCUCCAACAGCGCAAACUGCAGCUACAAAUGGCAAACAAGUAUCAUCACGUGGUUCAUCUGGCAUCGGUUCUGAUUUAGCACCUAGCCCAGAGCGUCAAGAACUAAAUAGCUCAAGUGAUGAUGAACACUGGUCAAAUGAAGCAGAUAACUCUGUUAUUGCUUUGAAACCUUCUCAAAUACCUGUUGAACGUUCUAUACCAAUUAUACCACAUCAUCCACUACUGAAUCGUAAAAGUGCUAUACAACCUCCGGAGGAUAGUUAUUUACGCGAUUUACCAGCUAAACCAUACGUGCCUCGUUCAACUACAAAUAACAACAACAGUAAUAACAACAAUCGCGACAAAAUAGUCUCAAACCGAAUAAUUAAUGAACGUGAACAACGUUCAAAGACUCCUUCAUCUACUUCUUGGUCUAAGGAGGAUGAAAUUAAGCCCAUCAUCAUGCGUCCUGCUGAUUACGAUGCAAAAUUUAAUCGUGUCAUGCAAGCCGAACAAAAGCCCGAACAUAAUCGCCGUCACGACGCAGCCCCAAGGGAACAUGCUAAGUUGCAUGAUACUGAUAAAUAUAACGAAAUUAAUCGCUUGCUGAAUAAAAAAUUGUCUUUAGAGCAACGACCCAAACAUAAAAGUAAUGAAGUUGAAGAUUUCGAUGAUUCUGAUCCUUCAAUUGAUCAAGUACCGCCACAUGCACCAUCUAGUUAUCGCAAGGAAAAUCUAACAGAUAAGCAGAAAUUUUUGGAAUACAAUUCUAAAAAGCAAACUAAAUCGUAUGCCGCAGAGGAGGUGCAAAGAUAUGGUGGUCGCCAUCGAUAUGUUGAUCCAGCUGAUUUACCUUUUGAUCAACCAACACAUAACAAAUAUGCUGCUGUACAUCACACCACUCACUCACCAGAACGUGCACCGGUUGAACCUGAACAUCGAAAUAUCUCACGCGAAAAAGAACGCUACAGAGAACGUGAGCGCGAACGUGAACGAGAUAAUGAACGCGGACGCGAUCGAGAACGAGAUCGUGAACGUGAACGAGAGCAUUUCUCACGCAGUAACGAACGCAAUCCCUAUCGCGAACCAGAAAGCAUACCUUACAUACAAAGCAUGGAAAAAAUGAUGAAAUCCUCCGCUAUGCGUUAUAAAUCAUUCGAAGGAGUUUCUGAAUCUGUCCCUUCAACUAAAGAAGAAGCACACACAAAAGUAAGCCAACGUAGCAAGUCAUAUCCAAAGAACGAUGAUGACAAGAUAGAAUAUAAUAGAGGAAGGUCAGAGUAUGCAGCAUCUGCAAGCAGUAAUGUUUCACCAAAAGAACGAUUUAAGGAUGCAAAAGAUAAGUUUCGCGCAAUGGAACGUAAUGGGAGCAGAUAUGAUUUAGCAGAUGAAAAUGACGGUUCAGAAUACAAAUCACGUCGACAUGGUUCAAGAGAACGGUCUGAUAAAAUACGUACUUAUGACAAUUGGAGUGAUGAUGAAUAUUUAGAUGAUGCACCACCAGCACCGGUUAGUAGAUCACGUAGUCAAUGGGAACAUCAAAGUAGUAAAUCUCGUGAUCGAACAGAUUUUGCACGCGAAAAUUCUAGAGAACACAUAAGAGAACGUGAACGUGAUACACGAGAUCAUAGAGAUUAUGGUCGCGAUAAUCGACAGCGAGAACCUUCUAGCAAGCGUUCUGACCCAAAAGACAUACGUGAAUAUCCAAGAGAACCAUAUCGUGAACAUCGUUACGAACAACGCAGUACGCCACGAGAUGCUGCACCAAUACGAGAACACAAAAGGGACUCAUCACGCGAAUAUAUUAGGGAGCAUGUCAAACGCGAUUACUCUCCAGAUGCUCGUUCUGAUCAUCGUUCAGAUUAUACUGUUCGUUCAAAUGAAAAACAACGUUUAGCACACCCACAUUCCGAAAAAUAUCCAUCUUCGCCGCCAAGCAAUGGAGCGCCUAUUUCAAAUGGUAAAAAUCUUUCUAAUCUUAAUAAAGGUUAUCGUCACAGUUAUGCAGAACCUGUUUUCGCUCGUUCAGGCGGUCGAGUGGGUUUGGCUGCUGUUAAUCCCUAUUGAAUAUAGGUGCAGAAUUUAAAUGGAAAACCUUUAUUAUACAAUAAGUUUAUAAAAUAUAAUACUAAUCACUUAAAUGUU